AGGCCGCACAAGGACGGAGGGACAGACCGAACCCAAAACCGAGCAGCGGAAAAAAGCGAAAACCACAAGAGCCCUGCAGACGGGCGAGGGCGCGAGGAAGAGGACAACGCCAGGCAGCCCCAAGGCAACUGCAGCUGGAAUCAACACAAAAGCGCCUUGGGUUAUUGUAGCCAGAUUCGAAUCUGCCAUCUUACCGACUUGCUAUCCCGGAUAUCGAAGUUGGAAUUUUCCCGCCCGGAAAAGUGGUUGGCAUAAGCUAACUCUAGUUCCUGACCUACAGACUUGGCAGUGCGAAUUCCCAUUCCGUGAAUAGAGGAACUCCAAGCAAGAUGUCGACACACUGGCUAAUUCUCCUGGGAACGCUGUGUCUGCUGGCAGGCUGCACGGACGGCGCCUCGAAGCGCUUCUUCACAGACUUCCUGCAGGAUUUGCCGACGCCCGGAACCGGAGGACCGACCUUCGACACGACCAUAGGCACCAAUAUCACAGGACUCGUCGGCAAGACGGUGAAGCUGACCUGCCGCGUCAAGAAUUUGGGCAAUCGCACGGUAUCCUGGGUGCGGCACAGGGAUAUACACCUGCUGACUGUGGGCCGCUACACGUACACCUCCGACCAGCGAUUCGAGGCCAUGCACUCGCCACACGCCGAGGAUUGGACACUGCGUAUACGCUACGCCCAGCGCAAGGACUCCGGCAUCUACGAGUGCCAGAUAUCGACCACGCCCCCCAUAGGACACUCCGUCUACCUCAACAUUGUUGAGCCCGUCACCGACAUCAUCGGAGGCCCCGAUCUGCACAUCAACCGGGGAUCCACCAUCAAUUUGACUUGCAUUGUGAAAUUCGCACCAGAGCCCCCGCCAACCGUCGUUUGGUCGCACAAUCGCGAGAUCAUAAAUUUCGAUUCACCUCGCGGCGGCAUAUCAUUAGUCACCGAGAAAGGUGUGCUGACCACCAGCCGGCUCCUGGUGCAGAAGGCCAUCACGCAGGACUCGGGACUCUACACAUGCACCCCCUCCAAUGCCAAUCCGUCGUCGGUGCGCGUGCAUAUCGUCGAUGGCGAGCAUCCGGCGGCCAUGCAUACCGGCAACAACGGCAACUCCACGGCGCCCCAGCCGCCGGUACUGCUGCCGCUGGUCCUCCUCACCUGCGGCACGCUGAUGCUACUGCAACUGGUGGCCUGCUGCUGCUCCGCCGCCGCCCUCGUCCCGGCCACGCCCCCCGGCCGCAGCAACGUCCAUCGACCUGGCACGACCUUGACCAAGGACACGGCAAGAGGACAACGAAGCACCCGGAACUGCCAGACUCUCGGUGAGGCUGGGUUUUUCCAGAAGGAGGACCUCUGCCGGAGAGGAUUCGAGAUUCGUCCGGUGCCCGGGACAUAGCUCUUCGGCGGAUCGGGACACGGAAUCGCUGCCGAAUUGCCAACAGGAAUCGCAUUUUAGGAUCGAGGCUCGGGAAAAUCCUCCUGCUUCUUGGCCUUCACUAACGCCCAACUCCCCCUAUUUCCCCUAUUCCCCCUAUUCCCCCUACCCACCCCUCUGUUCCUUGGUUUCCUGGGUUUUGGCCUUCGGUUUUCGGUCCUGCUCUCGUCCCACCUGUGGGCCUUUUCUCCGCUGGAGCUUAUCCUGUUAUCACUAAAUUAAGUAGCCAGAGCUGGUCCGACGAACGUAUUGUAUUUAUCAGAUUUUUCUAAAAACUAAAAAUUACCGAAGAUACAUACAUAGACAAUGCAGUAGGGGAAAAAAGGUGGAACAAAAAUGGAUUCCAAAGAUAAUUCAAGUAAGGUAAAAAUGAUUAUGAAACAUUAUGAAGUUAGGCAGAUGAUUUUCGUAAAGUCAUGUUUUUAAGGGGCUAGGCAAACAAAAACACACCUUGUAAAUACAGCAACUUAGAUGAGAUUUCUCUUCCAACGAUAACUGGUAAAGAAAACGACAUCUGUUCAACUUUUUUCGGCUGGUUCCAAUUUAUAAAUGAAAUACAGACACACUAACACACACACACACACACACAUUGAAACAUUCUCUAGUACAAGGAUAAGCUAUAGGUGUCUAAACAUAUUAAAAACAAAAAGCAGAGUGAAGUAUCGACGGGAUGCCUCUUGCGAUUUAAGGCAAGAAAGAGUACGAAAAUGAAUUUUUUUUAUAACUAGCAUAAGUUCAAGACUAUAGUAAAAUGUAAGCGAAGAAAAACGGGAGAAAGCAAAGCAGAGGAGUAGCUAAAAACGAAUGGAGGAGGCUAGGAUUAGCGAUUGAUUGUUGGAUUUAAUGUGUACAUAUAAGCAAAUCAGCAUAAUUAGUCUAUGGAUUUUUUGUUUUUUUUUUUUUGGCUACUCCCAUAUAUCAGAUCAGAAUAAUCUCUACCUAUAUAUAUAGGGCAUUUUGAUGUGUUUAGGGCCUAAGCGACAUUAAUUAUUGUUGUAUGUUUGACGAACGAAACGAAAAUCCAAAACGCAAAUGCCAUUGAGAGCAGAUAUUGACAUAGAGAACUAACCAACUAUCCAAUAAAGCGUAUUGCUAAUUCAACUUGUGUAUUUAAGUGUCUCUCUCUAUCUAUCUCUAUCUCUCUCUAUUUCUCUACAACUCUCUAACUGACUUUCUUAACAAAAAAAAAAAAAAAAAGGAAAGAAAAGAAAAGAAAAGAAAAGAAAAAAGAAAAGAAAAUAAAAAAACACAAAAACGCAGUAACACGGUAACUUUAAGCCAAGCUAGUGGAAAGAUAGAGAUACACGGAAAAUAAAGAACUAGAAUCAGAAUCAGAUCCGCGAUCCCACCCCAGAGAAAGGGUCUAACCCUGUCCCAUCCCAGCCCCCAAAAACCUGGUGAGCCAGGCACUGGAAACAAACUUCUCAUACACUUUCGCUCCAAAUGAAAAACAAAAGAAAAUAUUUAAAAUACUCUCCAUACUACACGUAAUUAUAUGGAUAUAUAUAUGGUACGCAUAACUAUAAUGAUAAAGAUGGAACAGAACAGAAAAGAACAGAAGAAAAAAACAAAGAAAUAUAUUUUAUGAAUGUGAUGACGUUUAGCAAAUUAAAAGUAUAUUGAAAACCCCAAAGUAAAGACCAAAAAAUUCAGAAAAAAUCUCAUCAAGAAGAUUUCUUUUCUGUUAAUUUUCUCAAUAAUAGUGUUGAAUGUUUUCCAAGCUCCUUUCAAAGGCCAACAAGUUCUGGGAUCAAUAUUGAAAUCAGAAUCAUCCCGAACAUAAUUCCAGUUACAUCACCUCCAUUCGAAGUUUGUCACAGUCGAUUUUCCCUUUGCAGGGAGCUGCAACUGCAUUUAAAGUUAAUGUAUGUGUAUAUGUAUCUGGCAGGAUUUUGAUUUUCCUAUCCAUCUAUCCGCAUGCACUAGUUUAAGCAAAACUUGAAAAGAGUGUUUAAAUGUUUAUAGGCAAAUUGAAUGUAAUUCAAUAUCAAACCGAAACCAGAACCGAAAAAGAGAAAAGGCGCAUUGCAAACAAAAAAUAAAACAAAUAAAUAUAAAAAAGGAACGACAACAAUUUCUAUGUAUAAAAUAAGGUGAAAUAAAGUCCAUGUUGCAGAUGCUAAACCUAUAAAUAUAUGGUAUAUUGUAAUUGAAUGAAACCGAUAUAAAUAUGUACAUGAUAAGAGAUUAUUAAAAAUGUGUUGACCCCACUAUUAUGUUCGUUCGAUAUGUGUAUAUUAAUUUUAUGAAGCCCGUUUUUUCGUUGUUUCCUUUUCUUUGUGAGGGUUUGUUUUUUUUUUUUUUUUUUGUUAUUGUGGUAGAGUUAAUUAAAGGAAAAAGUAAACAGAGAAAAUGCUUGAAGAGCAAAAACAAUUUUAAAGUAAAUAUGUUAAAUACAAUUUUAAGCAUAAACAAUGGCGUAAAAAGCAAACAAUUUUAAUGUGGUUAAAUAAGAAAAAUGCCGAAUUCAAUGGAAAAUAUGUGUGUUGUUCCAGUUGAAACGGGACACUUUGAAAUAUUACAAUUCAUAAUAACUAUAAUUACGAAAGGGGUACGAGAACAGGAUCCUACCAUCAAGUGGAACAAGAGUUGCGGAUUAAAUUGCAUAGGUCUAAGCAAAAAUUAACGAAGGCGCUGCAAAUAAACUGAGCAUCGCCACACACACUAACACACACACUCACCGAAACACCCAUACAGACAUAUGCACACCCACAUGGACACACACACACACCAAAACACACACAUUCAGAACCAUGCAAUUUGACCAGUGAAUUUGAACCGAAAAACGAGAGAUUCGAUCUGAAAAACCAAAUAUAAAUUCAAUAAAAGUGUAAAAAAAAAAACUCAA